AUGUAUAACAUCACGUAUAACACCACCUGUAACUCCACCUGUGACACCACCUGUAACUCCACCUGUGACACCACCUAUAACACCACCUGUAAUACCACCUGUAACACCACCUGGAAUACCACCUGUAAUACCACCUAUAACACCAUCUAUAACACUAACUGUAAUACCACCUGUAAUACCACCUGUAACACUACCUGUAAUACCAACUAUAACACCACCUAUAACAUCACCUAUAACACCACCUGUAACAUCACCUAUAACACCACAUGCAAUACCAUCUGUAACACACCCAUAAUACCACCUGUAAUAUCACCCGUAACACCACCUGCAAUACCACCUAUAACACCAUCGAAAACACUAACUGUAAUAUCACCUGUAAUACCACCUGUAGCACCACUGAUAACACCACCUGUAUUACCACCUAUAACACCAUUGUAA